AUGUGACUGUGUCUAGUAAAAGGGACCACUUUGACGAUUCUAGUUUCCGAGUUAUAUGCAUUUUUACAAAAUUUGCCGAAAAUAUGUAAAAUGGAUUUUUGUUACUAAUCGGUUAUUAAUACCUUAAAUAUCAUUUUGUGUAAAAUAAUACCUGUAUAAUUACAAUAUUUCAAUAUCCUAAUAGGUCACGAAGUUUAGUACCAAGGGUACCACUUUAAGGUAAUAUUUUACAGGCGAAAUAUUUUGAUUUAUUUCGAUCGCUGUUAUGCAGGGAAGUGAAAUAAUAAGUUGAGGGUAGGAUAAGGGGGGCGGGGGGCGAAGAUUGGGCGGUAAGCGUGGCGCGGCGCGCGCGUCGCUCACUCAGUUAGCUGGCCGGCGCGUACUCGUACGCACAUGUUAGUUGAGCAUUGCCACGCGCCGUAAAACAUCGUGAUUUUUAUCUAUGCGAGCUGCGAAUAUACAUUGUGUUUAAGUACCAAGUUUAUAACGUCACAUUUCAUCAUGGAAGACGAUACUCAAAUUUUGUUUACUGAAUAUGAUGGCGAUCAGCAGCAAACACUACAAACAACAGCUUCACAUUCAGCACAGACAUCGACGACGAAACCAAAAGAUGGAGCUUCUCAUGGAAAAUUGGAGUGUGAUUACGGUCAAUGCACAGACAUAGAUUUAAGAAAUUUUGAACAGGAGUAUUUAAAAUUCAUAAAAAAAAAUUCUGAUGAAGAAAAUCAUGAGCCUCCUAUCGAUGAUAGAUGCGAAAUAACUGGCGUUGAAUUAGUUGUACCAGAAGACCCAUCUCGUAAUUUUUUUUCUGAUACUGACGAUUUUCUCAACCAAUUGGAAAACCAUGAAGAACAACGGAUAUUUAUCGACGGUUGCGGCUGUGCUAUGUCAUGCCAAGAAAAAUUUCCCCGUGAAGCUGUGCUACAGUCCAGAUUAGAAUCACAGGAAAUGAAUACCAAAUGCGACCUAGGCCAUAAUCAUUUAAAUUUGUUUACUAUGGGUGCUCUUAAUGCUCUAACUCGUCAAGGGUCCAAUACUCUUAAAACAAACAAAAACAAAACAAAGGUAAGGAAAGCAGCUCAUACAACUUUUUUUUUUCAAGGCAUAGCUGUUUGUAAGAACUUUUUUCAGUUUGUUUAUGCAUUAGGGGAAAAAAGAUACAAAAAUAUUAAGAGCAAAGUACUUAAAGGAAAUUUAGCAACAGUGUCCUCUCCUCAUAAUUUCACGUUGAUAAGAACCAAUAAUGCCCAGCAAACAAUUGAUGCUGUAUUAUUCAUAAAAUCUUUCUCAGAACAAAAUUCAUUAGUCUUGCCAGGCCGCGUUCCAAGUUUUCAUAAUCCUGACUUACAUAUUUUACCCAGUUCAAUGAAUAAACGAUACGUGUAUGAUAAGUACCAAGAAGCGAGCAAAUUGUCCGAAAGAGAUGCUGUGAGUUUAAGAACUUGGUACAGAUUAUGGCAAACCUAUGCUCCAAAUAUUGUCAUUCAAAAGCCUCGAACGGACCUGUGUACAAAAUGCCAAGAAAAUAUUACAGCUUUAGGUAAAAUGCAAGGCUUAGAUGAAAAUGAAAAGCGCGGAUUGAUUGAAAAAUCGUCCCAACAUUUAGAUUUAGUUCAAACUGAACGUGCCUAUUACAAACAAUUGAUUGACACGUCAGCAGAUGUAUUCGGAAACCGGAAACUAGGGCAAAACCAGCCAUGCUCAUCGCCAGGAAAAAUGCAUUACUCGUUUGAUUUUGCGCAACAGGUACAUUUGCCUCAUAGCUCACAGCAAGUUGGACCUCUUUACUUUUUGGCGGGAUAUAAAAUCGGUUUGUUUGGCAUAGCCGCGGAGCCACUAAAACAAUUUGUGUUAUAUAUCAUCCCAGAAGCUUGCAAUACUGGAAAAGGUUCGAAUACCGUAAUCUCACUCCUAGACCACUUUUUCAAUAAUUUUGGGCUGGGUGAAACAGACGUCAUUUGUCAUGCUGAUAAUUGUAGCGGUCAAAAUAAAAAUAACUUCAUGAUGCAGUACGCAUUAUGGCGUACACUAACGGGGAAACAUAAAUCAUUUCAACUUUCUUUUUUGCCCGUUGGACAUACCAAAUUCGCGCCGGAUUUAUACUUCGGACUAUUUAAAAAAAAGUUCCGUCUUUCCAAUUCAAACACAGCCAGAGAUGUGUUGGAGUGCGCCGUUUCAGCUUGCCAUAAUUCAGACACAGUUACGGCAGUUCUUGUCGGUAAUGAAACUGGUGAUAUAAUGAAUGUGCAUUCAUACAAUUGGGCCGAUUUCUUUAAAAAGAAAUCUCCGCAAAGCGUGACACAGCUGCUCUCUUACAACCAUUUCAAAGCGUCUAUUGAUGAUCCUGGAGUCCUGCAUUGCACCAAAAAGUUUGAUGAUCAAGAUGUUAAAAACGUCGCAGUUUUUAAUUCCACUUGUGAUUUCACACAAAAUGCUAGUCCGACUGUAAUACCUCCUACAAGGCUAUCGUUUGAGCGACAACAGUAUUUGUUCCAAAAAAUUCGUGUCUAUGUUUCCCCUGAGGCUCAAAAUGUCUUGUGUCCAGAACCUAUAAAAAUCGUUGCAAUAAGUGCUAUAGAAGAUCCGUUACUUGACGUCGAAAUGCCGCUCAUAGAUACUGAAUCAGCCACCCCGUCGACGUCGGCGCUCACAGUAAGUAAAAAAAUGUGAUUUAUUUUGAUUAUAGUAAGUACUUUAAUUUGACAAGUUGUUGUGUGUGAUUUUUUUAUUUUUGUAAACAAGUAAAGUUUAGUGACAAAGUGGUACCUGACUUAGUAUAUUAAUUAUUUUUUCCUUAGAAAUGUAUAAAAUGUAGAAGAAACUUACUUUAAUGUUGAAAAAUAUUUACUUUACUAUUUAACAUAGUGACAACACGUUAUAUUUUAUUAUAAAAACAUGUUAAAUAGUAGUUAUUUUACUUGUGACACUAAACUUUACUAAGCCCCCCAAGUGGUACCCUAAUUAUUCUUCCAUAGUAAAAUGAUCGUCAAACCACUAAACUUAAAACACGAUAAUUUCUCUAAAUAUUGCAUUAAGUAUCGUUAAUUAUGUUUGGAUCUCUGUGCUAAAGUAUAUUUUGGCUAAUUUUGUGAUAUAACUUAAAAAAUAUAUAUUAUUUAGUUGAUUUUUGUUUAUGAGACUGAUUAGAACUGAUUUAUAGAAAUGUUAGUAUUUUCGAUUAAAAACAUAGAAAAUACUGGUCUUUUUUUAUUUUUUCCCUUCUAUUAUUGCCUAAAAUAUAUUACCAUAAUUAAUAAUUCAUUGUUUAAAAGGUAUUUUCUUAAGAUUAUGAGUAAUUAAGAUACUUGAUUUUUUUCCUACUCCUGCAAGUUCUUCCUUGACUACCUUCCAAAUCAUUAUAGUUAUUGAGACCAUUGAUGCCUGAAUUUAAUCUUUGAUAAUACUAGAUUAGCUUGAUACCAAUCAUUCCAUAACUUCCUAGUAGAAGUGUAUUUUUCACGAGCAUAAACUUUAAAAUCAAUUUUCUCGACUCGUACAUUUUGCCUACUGCAUGUUUAAAAAUGUAUAAAAAAAUAAUUAUUGCACCUAGGAAAACGAUUCUUUUUUUACUGAAUAGCUAAUUUUACCUAGUUUUAGGAGAUAUUAAUAACUCCAUACCGGUAAAGUGGUCCCUUUUCCCAGACACAGUC